GCGUGCAGGUGAGCCGGCCUGCCGCAGGUCGCAGGCAUGGCUGAGGCCAGGAAGCGGCGGGAGUUGCUCCCCCUGAUCUACCAGCAUCUGUUGAAGGCAGGCUAUGUGCGCGCAGCGCGGGAGGUGAAGGAACAGAGCGGCCAGAAAAGUUUCCCGACUCAGCCUGUCACCCUUCUGGACAUCUAUACGCACUGGCAACAAACCUCGGAGGUUGGCCGGAAGCGAAAGGCAGAGGAGGAUGCGGCGCUGCAGGCCAAGAAAGCCCGUGUGUCAGACCCCAUCAGCAGUUCCGAGAGCUCAGAGAGCUCAGAAGAGGAGGUGGAGGCAGAAGCUGAAACCGCCAAAGCCGCCCCAGUCGUGGGAGCGGUGUUGCCAUCAAGCAUGAAAGAAAAAGCCAAGGCAAAGACCAAGACAGUCAACAAGACAGUGAACUCCACUCCACACCCUGCCUCCGGGAAGGCCCCCAAAAAGUUGGCAAAUACCAUCCCAGUCUCAGAAAUCAAGUCGUCGGGCAGCGUCCCAGCCCUCAGAACCACUGCCAAGCCUGGAAUGGCAUCCUCGGGCCAGGCUGACAGCUCUAGUGAGGGCACCUCCAGCUCCAGCGAUGACACAGACGUGGAGGUGAAACCCUUGGCUAAGCCACCACAGGUCAAAGCCUCGCCAGCCCCUGCCAAGGCGUCUCCAGGAAAAAAGGCGGCAGCAGCCCCCACCCCUGGGAAGGCCGGGAAUGUGACACCCCAAGUCAGAGGAGGUGCCCCGACCCCAGCCGGCAGGGCCCAGGGGCCUGGAGAGGACUUGGAGAGCAGCGAGGAGGACUCUGAGAGCGAGGAGGAGGCCCCCGCGGGGACAGCCAGCCAGGUGAAGGCCUCGGAGAAGAUUGUCCAGGUCAGAACUGCCUCAGCCCCUGCCAAGGAGUCCCCCAGGAAAGCGGCCGUCCCGGCGCCCCCUGGGAAGGCAGGGCCCACAGCUGCCCAGGCCAAGGCAGGGAAGCCAGAGCAGGCCUCGGAGAGCAGCAGCGAGGAGUCGGACAGUGAGGAGGAGGCGCCAGCUGCCAAGACUCCACUUCAGGCAAAGCCCUCGGGGAAAACUCCCCAGGUGAAAGCGGCCGUCCCGGCGCCCCCUGGGAAGGCAGGGCCCGCAGCUGCCCAGGCCAAGGCAGGGAAGCCAGAGCAGGCGUCGGAGAGCAGCAGCGAGGAGUCGGACAGCGAGGAGGAGGCGCCAGCUGCCAAGACUCCACUUCAGGCGAAGCCUUCGGGGAAAACCCCCCAGGUGAAAGCUGCCUCGGCCCCUGCCAAGGAGUCCCCCAGGAAAGCGGCCGUUGCGGUGUCCCCUGGGAAGGCAGGGCCCGCAGCUGCCCAGGCCAAGGCAGGGAGGCCAGAGGAGGCCUCGGAGAGCAGCAGCGAGGAGUCGGACAGCGAGGAAGAGGCGCCAGCGGCAGUGCCUGCAACCUUAAACCUGGCUCAGGCAAAGCCCUUGGGGAAGAAUGCCCAGGGCAAAGCCACCUCAGCCGUGGGGACCUCCGGGAAAAGCGCUGCCCCAGCACCCCCCGGGAAGGCAGGGCCGGCAGCCUCUGCGGCCCAGGCCUGGAAGCAGGAACAAGACUCGGAGAGCAGCAGUGAAGAGGAGUCGGAGGAGUCGGACAGCGGCGGGGAGGCCCCGGCAGCUGUGGCCUCGGCCCAGGGGAGGCCCCCGCCUGCAAAGUCCUCUGGGAAGGUUCUCCCGGUCAAGUCUGCGUCAGGUCCCACCAAGGGGCUCCCUCAGAAAGCAGGGCCUGAAGCCACCCAGGUCAAGGUCAGAAGGCCCAAGGAAGACUUGAAGAACAUCAAGGAAGAACCAGACAGUGAGGAGGAGGCAUCCGCAGCCAUGACCCCAGCCCAGACAAAACCGGCCGCGAAAACUCCUCACACCAAGGCUUCCCCAAGGAAGGAAAUUUCUGUUACCCCUGCAACUGCCAACGCCUCCCCAGUGCAAGCGGGCAUACCAGCGCCCUGGAAGGCGGGACCAGCGACUUCACCGGCCGGCACGUCAUCCCCAGCUGUGGCCAGGGUCGCCCAGUGGCCAGAGGAGGACUCUUCAAGCAGCGAGGAAUCAGAGAGUGAGGAAGAGGCAGCUCCUGUCAGAGCUGGGGGACAGGCUGCGUCUGCAGGGGAACGCCUCCCAGCGAAAGCUGCCUCAGCACCCACCAAAGGGCCCUCGGAGAAAGGCACCACCCCAGUAGUCCCUGGGAAGGCAGGACCUACGGGGGCCCAGGUCAGUGCCAAGACACACGAAGACUCGGAGAGCAGUGAGGAAGAAUCGGACAGUGAGGAGGCUGCCUCGGCUCCGGCGCAGGCGAAGGCCUCAGUGAAACCCCUUCAGGCCAAAGCCACCCCAGCUUCCAGAGUGGCUUCAACCAAAGGGGCAGCAUCAGCUCCUGGGAAAGUGGUCACCGCAGCUGCUCAAGCCAAACAGGGGUCCCCGGCCAAGGUAAAGCCGCCAGCGAGAACCCCCCGGAGCAGUGCCGUCUCGGUGAAGGGCCAGGCAUCUGCGCCAGCUGUGGGGAAGGCAGCGGCUGUGGCAGCCCAGGCCUCAGGGGCAGCGGAAGAUGACUCGGAGAGCAGUGAGGAGGAGACGGACAGCGAGGGGGCGGCACCUGCCCAGGGCAAGCCCUCAGGGAAAACCACCCAGGUCAGGACUGCGUCGGCCCCCACCAAGGGGUCCCCCAGGAAAGGGGCUGACCCGAUACCCCCUGCGAAGGCAGGGCCCGCGGCUGCCCAGCCUGGGAAGAAGGAGGAGGACUUGGAGAGCAGCAGCGAGGAGGAGUCGGACAGCGACGAGGAGGCGCCGGCAGCUGUGACCCAGGCUCAGAAGGAGAGUAACUCCAAAACUGCCGGAAGCAAGGCGCUGGCCCCAGCACCCCCGGAGAAGAACGCUGAGGGAUCCUCGGAGAGCAGUGAUGAGGAGCUGCCGGCGAGCCAGGUGAUUAAAACCCCUCUGAUUUUUGUCGACCCUAAUCGCAGUCCAGCUGGCCAGGCUGCAGGCGCCCCGAGGAAGGCCCGGGCCUCGGAGAGCACGGCCAGGAGCUCCUCCUCAGAGAGCGAGGAUGAGGAUGUGAUCCCCGCCACGCAGUGCUUGACUUCUGCCAUUAGAACCAAUGCGGUGUCCACACCUGCAGCCCACGCAAGGACAGCCCUCGGAGCCAAAAGCAGUGAGGUGUCCAGUCGGGUGACAGGAGGCAAGAAGCAGGAGGCACCUGCCCCUCAGGUGACAAAGAGGAACCUGGCUAACCUCCCGCUGACCCAGGCCGCCCUGAAGGUCCUUGCCCAGAAAGCCAGUGAGGCCCAGCCUCCUGCUGCCAGAACCCCAUCUUCGAGUGGGGUUGAUGGUGCUCUGGGAACAGCCCCUGUGGCGAGUCCCCAGAGCACCCCUGCGAAAGCCAGAGGGGCCAGCAAGCUCAGAAAGCCCAAGGUUCCUGCGGUCCAGCCGGCCACAGCCCCUCCGCGGGGACGCCCUAAAGCCAAGGCCCCUGGGACCUCAGAUGGCAGCGACAGCAGCAGCAGCUCUUCAGGGGACGAGGAGGAUGCUAAGAGGCCCCAGAUGGCCCUGCUGACCCACAGGCCAGGUCCAGCGCCCUCCAGAAGCGAGACCGUGGUGGAGGAGACCACGGCAGAGUCCAGCGAGGGUGAGGCGGUCGCGCCCUCCCAGUCUCUCCUCUCAGGUUAUGUGACCCCUGGGCUGACUCCAGCCAAUUCCCAGGCUGCAAAGGCCACUCUGAAGCCAGCCCCCAGCCCCUCGGGUUCCUCUCCUCCGGCCACCAGUGAUGCCCCGGAUGGCAAGUGGGAAGUGGGGCCCCAGCAAGCGGCAGGCACCAUGGCCCCUAACCCAGGCAAAAGAGAGGCUGGCACCACGGCUCCAAAGCCCCAGAAGCCCGGGAAGGGAGCUGGGGACCUCCAAGCCUCGAUGCUGGCACUGCAGAGCGACAUCACCCGGCGCCUCCUGAGUGAGCCCUUGCCCCUGAGCGAGGCCCAGGUCCAGGCCUCGGUGGCGAAGGUCCUGGCAGAGCUUCUGGAGCAGGAGAGGAAGAAAGCCACAGAGGCCGCCAAGGAGAGCGGCAAGAAGAGCCACAAGCGGAAGUUGUUGGGAGACCAGGUGGCCGCCAGGGCUCCCAAGAGCAAGAAGAAGAAGCAGGUGGCGGCCGGGGAAGGCGGGGAGGGUGCCUUUUCCUCAGAAAAGGCCCCCAGGACUAGCAAGGGGAAGUCUAAGAGACACACAGCGAGUGGUGACAGCAAGGAGCAGAAGGAGAAGGAGGCUCCUGGCUCCCCAAGCACCAAGGACAAGCCAGAAGGAGAGCCGGAGACGGUGAAGGUUGAGGGUGGAGACCAAGCCAACCUAAAGAACAAGAAGGAGAAGAAAAAAUCUGACAAGAAAAAAAAAGACAAGGAAAAAAAGGAAAAGAAAAAGAAAGCAAAAAAGGUCUCAACUAAAGACCCUGACUCACAAUUACAGAAAAAAAAGAAGAAAAAGAAGAAGACGGCACAGCAGACUCUCUGAGGGGCACGAGGUGACAGGGAUUCCUUAACCAAGCGGUGCACAAGGCCUCUGCCCUCGGCCCACCAUGGAUUGGAAUUGAACUUUGAAUUUCCCCUUCCUCCCCAGAAGAAGACUGCCAGCCGCAGUGUUCGUGCUGGCCCCGCCAUGAGCCCUGCAGAGGCUGGUCUGAGGAGGCGCAGGAGGAGGAGGAGAAGGGAGUGCGCCCAGUUCCGUGACUUCCAUUCACUGACCCCGCGCUGACCUGUCCUGGCAAAGGACACUUCAUACAGAUGUGUACAGUAUAUAUAUAUUUUUUUAAGUGACCUGCCCCUCCCGCCUCAGACCCAACAUGCCGGGAGGCCUUGGGACCUUCCACCUCUUUCCCCUGCAGACCCAGUGAGGCCUGGCCUGCUGCUCCUUCCCUGUCCCUGGUCCCUGGCUGGUGCUGAGGACUUGUCCUUUUGUCAGUU